AUGGAUCCGGAUGACAAGCCUACUGUUUCCUUAUCAACAACUAUGCAAGUGCUUGCUUCUCAUCAAGUCGCUCAAUUAACUACAAAUCACAAUACCGGUGAUAUAAUCGUUUCAAGACCAAUGGAAGAUGAUAGACUUGGUAUACCUGACCCCGUCGUCUUGAAUGUACAUCAACGUCAUGAUGACAGUGACGAAGAAAACGAUGAAAAUGAAAACGACGAAUCAAGCCCACGUCUUCCACGAUUAACAGUUGGAUGCGAAGCCUGUCAUCCACCUGGCUCUACCAAUUCACUCAAUAACAUCAUUGGCUCUGACGGUCUGGCAAGAACCUCCGGCAGCAGAUCACGAACAGGCAUGGGAUCCACGCGCGCUAUGCAUACACCUGGGACUCGUCGCAACUCGUCCCUAUUUGGCUCAACGAUCUUGGGCUCGAUUUUUAACAAUGGUAGCAGACGAAAUAGUCGUGCCUCCGCUCAGGACCAUCAUUAUUCCGAAGAAUCGAUCAAAGCUGACGCCCCUUCAAAUGAUGUUCUCCAUCUUCCAGCUAUUAUGCUGUCUGAUGAUCAAAAGAAAGCUCCACUUGCGCUUGAUGGAGACAGCUUAGCGGCAUUGCCAAGUUUAAACAUGUCAUCACAACCACCGACUAUUAAUGUAACAGAAGAAUCAACUUCGAGCAUUCAAGUUGUGGUACCGAACCAUCUAUCACCACAAAACAACAUUCAAGCCAACAGUGCUCGCAUAUCACCUCAACCGUCACCAUCUGUCAUUUCCUACGGUCCCUCACCAUCACUAACUUCUGCUUAUGGACAAUCAGAAACCAUAAAGCGACCUAAUCGAAAAGUCAGUGUAAAAGCCAUCAUGUCGCACUCUGCAGCAGCAAACCAAAAGAACAAGGCCAAUAUGGGGCCCAAAGCGCUCUCUAUAGGUGGUGCACUUUGCAUACCUCCGGCACCUCGUCUAUCAGAUAAAAUGGACUGGAAGACGUUUUCUAUGUUGAGUCUUGGUGCUCUAGGAAUUGUUUACGGUGAUAUUGGUGUCGGGCCCCUCUUUGUGCUCAAGGCCAUCUUCAAGGAUACGGCCGUUGGGCUCGAUGACUUUAGUACCGCAGAUCCCGUUACGCAACAGUACUUUGUAUUGGGUGCUCUGAGUUUCAUUUUCUGGACCAUCACCAUUGUUUGCAGUGUCAAGUACAUUUUCUUUGUUCUCAAAGCCGACAAGAAUGGUGAAGGAGGUGUUUUUGCGCUGCUGUCUCUCCUUCCUUUUGAUUCACCGGAUUCGAUACUACAUUGUUACAAAAGUCACAUAUUUGUGCUUGGUAUCAUUGCUUCAGCAUUCCUUCUUGGUGACGGGUUCAUAGCUCCAGCCAUCAGUGUCUUGUCAGCAUUCGAAGGAAUACAUUUCUAUGCACCGAACAAUCCUACAAUUGCUUCAGCUGUCGUGCCAUUAGCUUGUGUCGUAUUGGUUCUUUUGCUCUUCUCGCAGCGUUAUGGAACUGCCAAGGCACUCAAAUUCUAUGGUCCAGUGAUGGUCUUGUGGUUUUUGAGUAUCGGCACUAUUGGACUCUACAAUGUGAUUCAAGCUCCUUGGAUUUUUGCAGCUUUGAGCCCUCACUACAUGGUGAUCUUCUUUAUGAAAUUUGGAAUUAAAGGAUUUUACAUUCUGUCGCAAGUUGUCUUGGCCGUGACAGGAGUUGAAGCCAUGUAUGCAGAUUUAGGUCACUUCAAAACUCGUCCCAUUCGAUUCUCCUUUUUGGGUUUGGUCUAUCCUGCUCUCAUACUGAAUUACUUUGGGCAAGGAGCCUUCUUGCUGGGAAAUGCUGGAAUCAUCGACUCGGAUUCCUUCAAUCCCUUCUUUAAUUCUGUUCCUCGGGGUGUUGAAUGGCCGAUGUUGAUUUUGGCGACUUUAGCAGCUAUAAUCGCUUCGCAAGCUACAAUUUCUGGUUGCUUUACUCUGAUUGAUCAGGCUAUCUCUCUCAAUGUCUUUCCCAAUGUCAAAUCAAUUCACACUAGUGAAACGAGUGCUGGUUCUGUUUAUAUCCCUAGCUUCUGUUAUCUCCUUAUGGGUGGCUGUGUUGCACUGAUUGCCUCCUUCCAACAUUCUGAAUCUUUGGCAGACAUUUACGGAAUUGCUGUCAGCGCUUCCAUGACUCUGACUGGAGUUUUCUAUGUGAUGGUACUCAAGUUUACUUGGAAGCAGCCAACGUGGAAAAUACUCGUGUUUUGUGGAGUCUUCUGUACCACCGAUUUGGUCUUGUUGGCAUCUUGCCUUCGAAAGAUUUCAUACGGAGGUUGGAUUUCGGUCACCAUUAGUCUUGUGCUCUUUGCUACAAUGAAUGUUUGGUACACAACUACUCAUCAAAUCAAUGAGUACCUGCAAGAAAGAUUGAUAGCAAUGUCCGAUCUAAGAUUACAUGCUCGAAGCAUUCCAAGAACAGAAGGAACCAUUGUCUUCGUGGCCAACUCUGAUGAAGAAGUACCACACGUUCUGACUCUGCUGGCCGUUCGAAUGAAUGCUCUACCGGAGAACAUCAUCUGCCUUUCUGCAGUCUGUUCCACCUCACCUUUUGUUGCUGAAGAAGAACGAACAAUUUUCCGAACUGUUGAUUCUGCUAUUGGGCUGUAUCGAAUUGUUUUGUCUUAUGGGUACGCGGAACGUUCCAUUGACACGCUUGGAGCUGUAAACAAGUACAAGAAGCGGAUCUUGAAAAAAGACAAUCCAAAUGAAGAUAUCACGUUCGUCUUGGGUCGUGAAAGAAUUCAAUCGCACCCGGACGCAGGUUGGCUGAAACGACUACGUUUCUGGAUCUUUGAUUUCCUCGAGCGAAACACUGAGAGCAAAAUAUCGCUGUAUCACUUGCCGAAUGCGGAUACAAUGGAGAUCGAGUCACGUAUCGUUCUGGGAGAAAAGCCCGAAAUGCAUCACGACCCAGAGGAUUUCAAGUUAGCAACCACUUAG